CGUCAGCCUUUCAUUCUUUUCUUUCUUUGAUUAUUUCUGUGUUUAGAGGAUGAUAACUUUGAGAGUAUCCCUUAUUAAUCUGCUCGGGUUGUAUCUAUUAUUUUCCGAGGAUCACAGUGGAUGCUGCUUGCAAACUGCUCUGCAGCCACCAAGCCCGAGCAUCACUCUGCAGGCUAUCAGUGAGAGGCAGAUCCUCUUGGUGAGGUGGCUGGUAAACCACAGCAGCUUAGUGGGCAACUUUUAUGAGAUCCAGAUCGCACAAACUGAAAACCACACCGUCAUUUAUAAUAGAAAUCUGACUAUAUUUUCCGUCGACUCAGUUAAAAACAAUUUCACAUGGACCUCUGAAGUGCCUCUGGAGUGUGUCGAUCACUCAGUCAGGAUACGACAUUUCUAUAAUCAGUCUGUCCCUAGUCCGUGGAGCAGCUGGAAAACUAACUAUGGAUUUCCGGUAGAGAAAAAGAGCAAGAUCUUUCCCUUCGAUCGGGUGAUGAGAGAGCAUACCACCGCCAUGUUCUGCUGUGUCCCCCCAAAAGGAGUCAAUAUUACCAGCAUGACCUUCAAUAAUAGAAAAUACCCUCUUAUCAGCAUUGGAUCCAGAGUCAAGGCCAUCAUUGUACAUAACUUGACCAUCCCAAAAAGUUUCAUUAAACGUCUUAUGCUCAUGUGCUAUGAUGAUGCAUCAAGCGUGUCUAGUAUUACCUGGAACUUCAUCAGUUUUCCUCCGCAGAAGCCCAGAAACAUCAGCUGUGUGACAUCAGACAUGACAACUGUCAACUGUACCUGGGAUCCAGGCAGAGAACGAGACAAGUUUGAUUCCAACAAGCAGACACACACUCUCCGCAUAGAGAACUCAGGGCAGGCUCCCAUCAACUGCAUACAUUUGAACAGUUGUAUUUUCCUGGCAGCCCCACAGUUGGAAGAAUACAACAUCAGUGUGGUAGUGAAGGACAAACUGGGAGAGGAGAUGGCGAGCUACAGCUUCAACUUGUCUGAAAGAGUAUUUCCUGUUGUGGAGGAGAUCAGAGUGAGCUCUGGGGUUACAGAUGCCACCGUGUCCUGGGUGGUACAGGGGAACUUGACCAGACUGAACCUCCUCUGUCAGGUCACUGCAGACCCACACAGCACCACUGCUCUGAGCUGCAAUAGUGUGAGCGGUCUCUGCAAAGCUAACCUGGAACAUCUGCUUCCCAACACCCGCUACUCUACCAGGGUACGCUGCUCUGCCAAUGGCAGGUUCUGGGGAGAAUGGACACAGCCCAGAUCCUUUGCAACCUAUCCGCUGGUGACCUUGGAUGUAUGGAGGAUAAUAAAGAAGCUGCCCGAGCCGAAUAGUCGUCAAGUUACUCUUUUGUGGACUCAGCACACUCCUGGCUCAGCUGUCACAGUGAACGUUGAGGGAUACAAAGUUCAGUGGUCACAGGAAGGCCAAAAUUGGACCAAGUGGACGGACAGUCAACAAACCCAGGCAGAGGUGACCAUCAAUGCAGGACAGUAUGACUUCACUGUUCAGGCUAUUCUCCACAGUAGCUUCAGUGUCCCUGCUCACAUCACCAUCCCUCCAUCCCAGUGGGAUGAUGGAGUCCCAGUAAAGAAGCAGUUAAGCAGCAGCACAGCUGCUGGUAUUAAUCUAUCCUGGAUAAAGCAGGAAACUGUGUCCUGUGGCUAUACUGUGGAGUGGUGCACUCAGGGAAAUGCAGCGCCUUGUACUCUGCAAUGGCUGAAUGUACCAGAAAACAACACAUUGUCUCUACCUGCUGGAUAUUUUGAAGCAGGUUGUAGGUAUACAUUUAAUAUCUAUGGAUGCGCAGAGAAUGGACACAGACUGCUGGAGAUACAAACUGGAUACUCACAAGAGGUACAUGAAUCUGUAAAGGCCCUGAAUCUGGUUGAACCUGUUCAGAGUACAUCCUCAUCGGUGACACUGGAGUGGAGGUACAAUGAGGACGAUCCGGCUCAUCCGGCAUUCAUUAUUGGUUACCUGGUGACGUUAAAGACUGAUGCGCUUCCAGGUCAUGUUACAAAUCAGUUCAACGUGUCAGUGGCAGACCCUCGGAAGAAGUCUGUGACCAUAAAUGGUCUGGAGCAGAACAGAGGGUAUGCUAUCUCUGUGAGCGCGCUCACUAAGCAGGGACCUGGAAAACCAACCAAUAUCACCAUCAGGACCAAAACCAAUUACUCUGCUCACUUGGCCAAGAUAUUGACUCCCAUCUUACUGUUGCUGGGCUGCAUCAUUCUCCUGUGGCCUCAAAGAAAAAUGCUUAAGAGCGGACUUCAAGAGAUAUUUGCUUAUCCUGCCGGUAUGAACAUCAAAACUCCCGAGUUUGACAGCUUCCUGCAUGAGACUAGUGAGAAGUUGCAGUCUCAGAAGGUGGAGGAGUGCUCCUGCUGUGACAUUGAAAUCCUGAAUAGCAGACCUCUUCUGGAAGAAACCAUGAAUUCACUGCCCUCUCCUGGUUCCCAGGCCUCUCCUUUAACCUUGUCUCUGUCCUGUGUGCCACUCCAAGCAGACUACUGUCCCCAGUCAGUCACAGUAUCCUGGGACAGACCAGAUCUUCAGCAAAUGGUGUGUAUCUCAAACAAGACAUAUUUGCACACAGUAGAGGAGGAUGAUUUGUCUGAGAAACAACAAGCCAGGAUCAUUGAAAUCAAAUCUGGUUGCGAACCAUCUGAGAAUCUGCUGGAAUCAUGCAGUGUUGUUUAUGGUUACAUCUCCAGUGAUAAUUUAUAAGUAACAAGAUGAAGAUCAAGUCCAAAACCUCCAGAUUUUUAGGAGUUCAAAUAUUGUAAAUAGAUGCUUUGUUUAUUAGACAUAAUGUGAUUCUGCAGCUUUUUAAUGUCAA